CUACUAAAGUCAGCCGCCUCCUCUGCAAUACUUGCAAGACCUGUCCCACCUGUUCCCCUUCAUCUGCUUCUCACUUCUGGUUUCAGGUGAAUCAGCCCGAUAAGAAAGAGGUAAUAAGGCUGCUUCCCCUGGAUAGCAACGGGACAAGCAGUAAGAGGGAUUUGAGUGCUGUUUCUACAGUUCCAGUGAGCUUACUUACUACGCACAUGUGAAAAAUAGAAAUGUCCCGAUCUGAAAGAAGUGUGCAGAGCGAGAGGAUACCACCUUCCCAGAGGUCCAGCCAUGACAGGUCCAACAGGGAGUAUUCAAAGAACCAUGGACUCCCUGCUAGAGACCAAGAUGAUUACAGAGAACGACCUCGCCGAGAGAGGCCUGAAAGGAGAUCACAUACAUCAAAUGACAGAUCAUUGUCAAAUAGGCCAGUACAUGGCCAGUAUGCUCGGGCUCCUGCUUCGUCCUCAGAACAGCAGUUAGGACCAUCAAGAGCAUCCCAGCACCAUGGCCCUCCCUCACAAAGAACCUACACUGAGAAGCAAUCGUUCUCCGACAAGUGCUCAAGACUGUGUUCCAUAAGAGGUAUGCUGCAGUUGGUGGAGAUAUUUCUAAAUCUACUGGUCUUGAUAUGUGCGUCUUCUACCCAAAGUGCUUCAGCCGGGUUUUCCAGCAUUGGGGGAUUUGCCAAUUCUUACUAUUACAGCAUGGGCUAUGCCAUGAGUGGAUUUCAGGGGGACGAAGUGAGCCAAAUAACACAGCUGGAUAUGGAGUACAGUAGGAUGAAGAUGCCCACUGUUUACUUUGCUGUUGGCAUCAGCCUUCUCCUGCUCAGUAUGACCUUGUCAUUCCUGGUUGCCAAUUGCAUGGCAAGUGUCAGGCGGAACAAGAAGGUACUGCUAGCUGAAGAAGUCCUGAAUGUGAUGUCUGCGCUAAUAUAUAUUAUAUGCAUUGGUUUGUACAUUCACUUUAUCAAGCAGAUCAAUGGCUCAGAGUUGUGCAAAAAAAGGGAGUCUCUCUACAAUCGUCACGGCUAUAACUCUGUGAGCUGUGAAAUACUUGGGACAGAAGUUGCUGUGUGCGUAUUUGCUGCUAUGCUGGUUGUAUCGUACACGGCAAGUGCUGUGGUGGUGGGGCUCAUGUUUAAGAAUGACGCCGCUAAAACUAGUCCUCUAAAUUCAGAAUCUUUGCGAAUGGCUGGAUUGACAGGAAUGCCAGUAGAAAGGGGUUCAUUAAUUUGAAAUGGCCACUUUAUGCAAACUUUGUACCAGAAUCGCUUCUUAAACAUAACUCUUACUUUUAUCGAAAUUGUUAGCAAGUACCGCCCUAGGGUUUAUAGCAUCAUCCUAGGUGGCAAAUGGAAGGGUUUGCUACUUUCAGGUGCCGGGCCAGUUUAGGAGAUAAAUGGUCUCCCUGCUGACUGGUUCUGCAGGUUUUUUUGUUUUUUAAAAAAAAAACCUUUGCAUCUCCCUUGUAAAAUACGAAGCUUAUGUGGUUGAGCAGCAGGAUGUGACGUUACAUCAUGACACUUAGCAUCACUAGCUGCUAUUCGGGAAUGAGCUGGAGUUAAUUCUUCCUAAGAGGCUCAUUAGUAAAGCCAAUCCACAUAUGCAGUACUUUAAAGGUGCACUAUGCAUUCCUGUCCCGAAAGGGACUGCAUAGAAACAUGGAAGAAUGCCUUAUACUUACAAAAAGCUAUUGGUUUUAGUGAAUAAACCACAAUGUCCUGCUGUAAUGACACAAACUUUGCAGUAUUUAAUUUCGCUUCACUUUGCUUGAUUGUGUGAUGAAAAUAUAUGGGUAUUAAUAUGAAGUUUACUGUGUUAAUAUGAAGCUUGGC